AUGGCGGCUAAAGUUAAGAAGGCUUCGAGAACAAAUGUGUUUUGGUCAAAGGAUCCUGAUGAUCAAGAUGAAAGAAUUGUAAAAGUGCACGUUCCAGGUGUAGCACCUGAAGCACGCCUAAACAUCAAGAACCCAAUGGUGAGGAAACCAGUACACAUGAUAAAACCCAGAGUCUUAACUCACCAAAAAUCUCUACAUGAUUCUUUGGACAAGAGAGAGCAAGAGAUGUCAAGAAGUGGCCUUAGUACAAAAACUGUCUCAGACUCACUUGAUAAUUUUGGUAAGGGUUACUUUGAAAGAAGGGGAAAAGAGAAACAAGAGUUGAGUUUAAAAGAACUGAAUCCACAAGACAAGAAACGUGUGGCUAACUUAGUCAAAGAACUUGCGAAGGUUGGAGAGGAACGGCAACUUGCUGAGGAAAGGAUUAAAGAAGAGAGACUGGCAUUUGAAGAACGACUUGCCAUCUUGCAAGAGGAGUAUGAUGCAGUGAUCAAAGAGAAAGCUUAUUUGCAAAACAGGUUCAUGGAAUUGCAAGCACUUUUGGUGAAGUAUCAGGCAAAUAGAAGGACACCUUCACCAAGAAAAACAACUAAAACUCCAACAAGUGAAGGCCAGGAGCAGGUAUCUGUAGGUAGUGUUUUAUCAUCUCUUUCUCCAAAGAAGCCUGCACACUUCUCUCCAUCCAAACAACCUUUAACAGAAAUUCCAGGUAAUACAAAGCCAGACACUGAUAAUGGUGAACAUACAGAAGAGGAGCUUAAGGCCAACAGUUUCCAAGGAAGCCUCUCACAGCAAGUGAUGAACAGGGAACAGGAGGACCAAAAAUCACAGACCAUAGCCCAUCAGGACAAUGUAACUGAAGGUGAUAAGAGAGGGUUCUGCCCUGGACAAGCACCCUUAGCUUCCAAUGUACAGUCCAGGAGUAAGUGUCACCCUGUUGCUACAUCCAGCAAAGUUCAGUCAACAGAUAUUCAACUCAGUUCCUCACAAAAGGAAGGACUCUCCUAUAAGUCUGCAGAACCAAGUGGAACAAUUUGGAACACAGCUAUUCAUCCCAAAUCCCCCUCUGCUGAUUCCUUGCUGUCGGCAGCGAGAGCUGUUCCUGGUAUGAUGUCUCAGUAUCCACUGCCAGCAAAGCCUUUGAUUUCUAUGUCUGGUGAUGGAGAUCCUGGAUUGAGAUCUGAUGGGAAAGUACCUCCAAGAAAGAAUGAAGAUAGGUCAUUCUCCGAAGUAUCAGGAGUGUCUGGGAGCUUCUCGGCUGAGUUAGAUGCUGUAUAUCGCUUAUACUGCCAUGAAUAUGAACUGCAACUGCAGCUCCAACAACAGCAGAUUGAAUUGCAGAAACAACAGUUACAACUACAACAACAACUUCAGCAAGUCGAGAAUUUACAGCAACAACAGCAACAGCAGCAGCAGACACAACAGCAGCAACAACAACAACAACAACAACAGCCAAAACUACUUACGUCAAUGGAAAUGGAAACCAAGGUCACUGGUCUGGAAAAACUAUCCAAGUCUGCCGUGGACGAGACGCCAGCUCCACUACUCGUACCCAGGCCUGCUACUCAGCCCCGUCAAUUGUCACCCGCCCAAUCCCUUAUUCCUAGUCCCGAAGUAAGUUCCUCCUCUAAUCAUGGCAUCCUUCAGGCAAAUCCAGAGAAAGCAAGGCAUUCUUCAACUUCAGGAAUACUUUCACCUCGUGACGAAGGCUUUGCAGCAGCUGAAAUGUACAGUGGGAAAGAGAACGACAGGUUGGAACUUGACAAAGAAAACAGAGGAACUCUCGAACCAGACCCUUAUUACAGAGUGCAGUCCGCUCCUCCAACUCUCAGUCAGCCAAGGUUCAGCUUUGAACGUCAUCGUGGGCACCAAGCACCCGCUGACCUUUCUUAUCGCAAAGGUAUAGUCCCUGACGAUAGUCUGCCAACCCUUCAAGCACACGUCGAUGGAAGAGCAAGCGUAAACUAUCCUGUCAGCCGUCUUUCGAGCUCAAGGUACUCGCUCCACAGCCGUGGUCAUGUUGUGUCUGCUAACAGACAAAGAGCGGCCUUGAGAGAAAGACAGAAUACUGAACAAUAUAUGGUCAGCGGAAGAGACAGCAACAGUUCAUUUUAUCCAGCGUCUCAUUCUGACUUCCAUUCUGAACGAGGCAGCUUCGUAGUUGAUAGUCCUAGAGGCGACGGUUUUCUUAGUGGAGGAAGGCAAAGUAAAGGUGAAUCCUCUCACCACGGGUCUCCAUUGUCACAUUCGAAUAUCCGAGAAUCAUAUAACAGACAGACUGCUGCCAGCGAUCAACGGUUUUUACUGUACAGCGACGUUCAGCGUAGCUCACAGUCACAUGAUUUUCCAUCAUUUCCUGAUGAUGACAACAGACCAGGAAGGUUGGACCCAAGUUUAGAAAGUGCGCCACGUGGAAGUUCAUACCCGCUGUCCCUGGUGGAUAUUGUAGAGAACUUAGAAAGCAAAUCUUUGGGACCCGAGGUCCCGGGAGCUGCUAUAGGACUGGACACUACGGACUCUGGUUAUUCACAAGACACUUGUAAGGAGAGGAGUCCGCUGACCGGUGAAAGUGUAAACUCAGAUGAAGAGGAAGCUGCUGUUCUUGAAGACAUUUUCUUUAUCUCGGGAAGAUUUUUUUGACCUUGCUUUGUGAUAAAUUUAUUUUUUCAUAUUGCCAUUUAUUUCUUAUUUUUGAUAAAACUAGCCUAUUUAUUAACAUAAGAUUCUUACGUAAGACUCCUAAGAUUUUAAAAUAGUAGAAGGCUUACGUAACAUAAUAUUUUUACUGAAAUAAGAUUAUUAAGACAAAAUUAGACUAAAAAAAUGAUUAAUGCAUUUUAAAUGAUCAGGAAUAUGAAAUAUGAUUAAAAUAAUGUCAGACUAAAAAUUAUUGGAAUCGACAGCGUUUGGCUGGUGCACAUGUCAAUUGUGACAAACGUCGUAAGAAGAGUUCUUAAAAGACUUGGACAUUUCAGAAUAUGUUUCUCUGCGUUCUGAAAAUGAUGAAUAUUUAAUUUCAAACUGUGGAUUAAAAAUUGGCGAGAUGUUGGAUUUUGUUUGUUAUUUGUGUUAACUCUUAACACCUACCCUCACAUCAGUAGGACGAUAGGGUGUUAAAGUUUAUCUUUCAUUAAGACUUUGUUAUAAACAUUUUGAUGAGAUGAACCAACUCCUAACACUGUA